AUCAAGACUAUCGAAACUGGUUUAAAGUUGAGGCAAACAGUUCAACAAGCAAACCUCACAGCAGGCCAUGUGGUUUACGGAUUUUGUACGCAACUGUGGAGCGUCUCUUAGUGUGAUUUAAUUUAAAAUGGAGACCACCAUUUAUGAGGAUCAAAGCUUUUUGUUAGCAAAUAAAAAUUCCUGCGCUCAAGACAAUGAUAGAUUGUGGUUAAAUUUAACGACUGAGUGCAAGACGUCGGCAAGGAGAGACGAUUUUGAUAUCUCGGACCUCUUGAGAUCUCCAGAUAUUGGGAUUUCAUCGCCGGAUCUCGAGACGAUCGUUUGGAGAAACUUUCCUGAUUCUUGUGCGGUAAAACUACAGUCAACAUCUUCACCGCCAACUUUUGCCGCACAGGAAAAUUAUUCAACACAAAAAGUCACCGCAGAACAAGAAGUGUUUGCAAGGGGAUUUACCGACGCGCUUCAACGUUUGCGAGAGGAAAGGGAACUGCGUGAAGCAAGCAAAACCCGGACGCCCACGAUAGACGAAUCAAAUAAAGUGGACGAUGACUCGAAAUGCACCUUCAUCUCUUACAGAUUUGAUUCAUCUUUCCGUUUGCCAUCUUUUCAGGAAACUUUUUUACCUGUUAAAUGUACGGGUACUACUAUCAAAACCAAAACAUAUCAGGACCCACGUAGAACUCUUUCUGAACGAGAACAUGGACAACAACUUGAGGGGACGGAGGUUUCAGAAUGGUUUAAAGUGGAAACGUUAGAAGAGGGAUUUUCAGGGCAACGACAGUGCCAGUAUAACGACUGUUUGAUAAAUUCUUCCGAAGAAGAAUCGGAUGAUUGUUCGACUAAUUCGCCUUUAUCUGAUUACGCGGCAAAUGGCUAUGGCUUCGGAGAUUUUGAAAUCGACGGCAGAACUGCAGACGACAUGGAAUUUCAAGAAGGCUUCCACACGGCACAAGACAACUUUCAGCCACAUAACGAGUGGCUCUCUGAGGGACAACACAUAAUAGAGGAUACCCCAACUCCAAAGCAUUGGCUAACAGUUCACACAAAACUCUACAACAUGUCUGUCAUAAAACAAGAGCCGAACAGUGUAGACGACCAGUCACAAUCAUCCAAAAUGCCCGAUGUUCAGGGUUUCAUCAAAACGGAAAAGAAACGGCGGAAAAAUCGUCUGGCGGCGUGGAAAUGCCGUCAGAGGAAACUUAUACGUGAAUCAAGGCUCGAAACAACAGUGGAAGAGCUUUGUAUGGAAAAUUCUAGGUUAAUGGAAGAACUGGAGAAAAUAAAGCACAAAAGGCAGCAAUUGGAACAAACUUUUAUCAAGCAUGUGACAAGCGGAUGUGAGGAGGCCCAUGUUCAGUACACCGAAACAUUUAAUGGCGAAAACUAAAGUGGAUUCCCUCAUCUACCUCCGCUGUUUCAGGUUUUUCACAUCACAUUGUUCUUAAUCACAAAAAGAAAACCUUUAAACAACCGGACGGAAAAUUGAGAUAUGAUCUAUUUUAACAAGAAUCACAAGACAAGUGGCAUCACUCAAAAUACCACUGGAUUAAUCUGUGGUGGCGAGCGAACGGUGUCAGGCGAAUGGACACAAUUAAGAAAGGAGUGGGAACGAACGAAAAAGGUGGGAUAGAAAGAACAAGACAUUAAAUCUGUGAUUUUUGAGCUUGCAUGGCCAGUUUCCAUUGAACAACUACUAUAUCUGAUUCACCUAUCAGAAAACAGCAUCCAGCCCUAUCACAUGCAAUUUGAUCUCGUGCCAUGACCAUAACCCUUUUCCCUCCAAUACCUGAAUACAAAUUAUGUCUGCUUUUCAUUUUGUAUGAUUCCAACCCUGAGAAUCUUGAUUUAAAAAGCCUCUAGUUAAUAUUUUGCCUGUCCUCUGCUCCUUUCUGUUAAAAAAUGAACCGAUAGAGAUGCAUUUAUCGGUCACUGCUUGGAGUGAAAGAGUGAAGUACUCAUGGAGAGCUCCGCUGGAUUUUAUGACCACUUCCCCUCAUUUAGCUGUCUAAAUGAACACAAUUCCACUUCGUUCCUUUAUAAGAAUUCCAAUUCUCGAACACCAUAAUGUCAAAAACGUAAUUGUUUUGAAUAUUUUGAAGGACUGCAACGAACCAAGAGGAAUAAGAAUUUCUCUUUUUCAGUUAUCAUAUGUGAUCUUCAGCUGGGACCAAAAAUAUUAACAACGACAUGUGAAAGUGUAGUGUGAUCGUCCUGGUGAGUGUAGUCCUAGGAUGGACUG